UAAACAUUGAAUCAUAGGAAAUGCGUUUAUUCUUACUCCUAAAGACCAUUAAUUAAUGAUAAUCAAACCAUAAAUCUUAACAGUUUACACACUCUUCACAAUUACUGAAUAAUGUUAAAAGCAAGCUUAUUAUCCCAACUGUACUUAAUUUCUCCAAAAACAUGUCACAUUAUUUUAGGCCUUCAAUGAUGCCAAAAGAUGAAUCAACAUCCAACUUUGAUGAACUUAGGUGGGUGAUUAAAAUCCGCGAAAUCCUUGAUGAAGAUCUAGAUUAUGGUGAUGAGUUAUCUGUAUCAAUCUUCAAUGUUCCUAAGACCCUUAUGGCCAUUCAUCAAGAUUCAUAUAUUCCUCAACAAGUUGCAAUUGGACCUUACCAUUAUUGGCGCCAAGAGCUAUAUGAAAUGGAGAGGUACAAGCUUGCGGCCGCGAAACGGUUCCAAAAUCAGCUGCAAAGCCUUAAAUUGGAGCAUAUUGUUGUCCAAUUGAUAAGGUUUGAACAUAGGAUUCGCGGGUGCUACCAUAAGUACUUGAAUGUUAACGGCGAAACGUUGGCGUGGAUGAUGGUAGUUGAUGCUGCAUUCUUGUUAGAGUUUCUUCAAAUUUUUGCUAACCAUGAUGGAACAAUGACAAUAGGAGUUUCUUCAAGAAUGUCUCACUUGUUGGAUUAUGCAGGUAGAAAAUUAGCUCACAAUGCAAUCUUGAAGGAUAUUGUGAUGCUUGAAAAUCAAAUCCCAUUAUUUGUAUUGAGAAAGAUGUUGGAGUUCAAAUUCUCAUCACUACAGUUAGCAGAUGACAUGCUAUUUUCAAUGUUCAUAGGAUUGUUUAAAGAUCUUUCGCCUUUUUCGCCCAUGGAGGAGGAGGACUAUCCCCAAAUCCUUGUCUCAGAAUGUGCACAUCUUCUAGAUUUUUUGUAUGACAUGAUUGUGCCUAAAUUGGAAGAACAAUCCGAUCCAGCAGAAUCAGAGGAUCGACAUAAAGAUGGCGAGCGCCACGAAAAUUCGUUAGUGAACUAUGCUAAGCAAUUUCUAUUUGGGGUUUGGAAAAUGAUUUCAAGAUUGGUUGAAGCAUCAAUAAGUUGUAUCAAAAUGUUCCUAACAUGUAGAGCUAUGAAAGUGAUCUUUAGGGUGCCUUGGACAAUCAUUUCUAACCUACCUGGAUUCGGAAUCAUAAAGCAACCAGUUGAGUACUUGUUCUUUAAUCAAGACAAAGAACCAACAAAAAAUGAAGAAAAUGGUAAUUUAAGUUCAAAUAUCAACAAGUCACCCUUAAUGGAAGAAAUCACAAUUCCAUCAGUCACAGAACUCACGAAAUCCGGGGUUAGUUUCAUUGCUGCUAAUGGAAACAUAUCAACCAUUAGAUUUGAUGUUAAAACAAAAACACUCUAUCUUCCAAAAGUUGGUUUGGACAUAAACACUGAAGUGUUGUUAAGAAACUUGGUUGCUUAUGAGGCAUCAAAUUCAUCCGGGCCAUUGGUUUUUACGCGUUACACUGAAUUGAUGAAUGGGAUCAUAGACACUGAGGAAGAUGCAAAGAUCCUUAGAGAAAAAGGGGUGAUUUUGAAUCACUUAAAGAGUGAUGAAGAGGUGGCAAACUUGUGGAAUGGGAUGAGCAAGUCCAUUAAGUUGACAAGGGUGCCAUUAUUGGAUAAGGCCAUUGAAGAUGUUAAUCAGUAUUAUAAUGGUAGAGUUAGUAUUAAGGUUUGGAAAUUUGUGAAGGUUUAUGUGUUUGGUUCAUGGCAGUUUCUUACAUUCCUUGCAGCAAUAUUCCUCUUGUUCUUGAUCUCCUUGCAAGUCUUUUUCACUUUCUAUAAAUUCAUAAAAGCAUGAACAUUUUUAUUAGAUCAAGUUGUAAGCAUAUCUUGUAUCUUCCUAAGAUAUCCAUUAACCAAUAACAUGUAAGUGAAAUGAGAAUUCACAGAUUCUAAUUUCUACAAAUAGUGCCUUGAUAAAUAGAAAUGUUACUUUUAAAAAAUUAUAAUAAAAAAAAAAAGAAAGAAGAAAAAGCACUAAGUUCUGAAAAGAAAGGGAAUCUGCACUUUAUAGGGGAUGAUGAUGAAGCCAAAAUUUUCAGCAUCAAGUCAUGACUGCAGCCCCAGUUGGCAUGGGAAUCUGCAACCUGAUCUUUCCAAUAUGUGAUCUAAAGAAAAACAGAAUCUGCUUUUCUUUUUGGUUUAUACAGAAUCUCCUCUUUCAUAUAUUAUCUGCAAAAUUGAAUAUAAGUCUUCUAAAAUGAACCAUAUGUGAUUAGUGAUUCA